CUUCUCUCUCUGACUCGGUCAUUCAAAUGCGGGAUCAAAUUGCGACCCAGAUAAACAGCGCGAUAAAUAUCGGUAUGGAACAGUUGAGAUCAAAUGUAAAGGAGUCUCUUGAAAAAUUAUUAUGUGAGAAAUUUGAAAAAUUGAAUCAUUCGGUUUUGCAAUUGAAUACAAAUCAGAAUAUAGCUGCUAUUAAUAAUGCUCGCGCGCGGAUUGGGACGAUUCCUUCUGAAUCGGACCAAAUCGGCAAAAAGCGUAGAAUCGAAUACGAAAAUAAUGACGAUGUUUUUGACGACGGUGCAACUUUUGCGCAAGUUGUUAAAAGUCGCGGUAAAAACAAUAAAUCUAACUCAAGUAACAAAAGUAAUACUAAUAUCGGAUUUAAACCGGUUAAACCUAAGACUCGUCCGGUUAUUGUGAUUAAACCGAAAGAGUCCAAACAACCUUGCAAGGAAACUCGGAAGUUUUUGAAAACUAACUUAGAUCCUAAAACACACAAAGUUAGUAAUUUCAGGAACGGUAAAGAUGGUUCCAUUAUUGUCGAAUGCGCCGUUGGCGAAAAUAUUGAUUUAGUGAAAAAUGGCAUUCAAAGCAAUCUGGGUGAAAAAUACAGUGCUGUUGUUCCCACGUCGGUGCCUAGAUUGAAAGUAGUGGGCAUGAGUGAGAAUCUUUCUCCUGAUGUUUUCAUUGACUAUUUAAAGAGUCAAAAUGAUUGCAUCACAAUCAAUGAGUUACGAAUUCUGAUAUGAAAAUAACCGAUCAUGAGACAUUAGUAAUUAAUGUUCUAGAAAACUUGAAUAAUAAUAAUGAUUCAAUAAAAUUGAAAUGCUGGAGAAAAUAUUCGAAACAGGCUGUUUCGAACCUUGUUGAGAGAAGCUUGGGUUUUCCAAUCGCGACCGGUAGUUUAGAUGAAUCUGCAGCUGUUCUUACUAACAUUUUGAAGACGUGUACGAAUCAAUUAGUUGAACAUAAAUUUGUUUCGCUGAAAAACUCGAACAGCUGGUAUAGUUUGGAUCUUUUGCGCCUAAAGCGCAAGAGAGAUAAACUGUACAAAAAGUUUUGUAGAUCAAACAAUCAGAAUCAUUGGAUUGAGUACACGUUCGCGCGUAAUAAAUAUUCACAAGCGAUUAAAAAGAAGCGUUGUGAAUAUAUCCAGAGAAAGAUUGUUCAACAUCAAAAUAACAGCAAAGAGUUAUGGAAAAUUUUGAAAUCUUUGUUGAAACCUAGUAAUUGUAAACCGCGGUCCAUAACUUUUGAAGGCACAUUAGAACAUUCAGAACAAAUUAUUGCAUCUAGAUUUAAUGAUUAUUUUGUCAAUAGUGUUUCAUUGAUCAAUCAAUCCAUUGAAUUGGUCGAGGAACCCGACGAAAUAAAACAGCCGAUUAACAGUAGUUGUACAUUUGAUGGU